GACAAAAAAUGGAACACACCAGCAGUGUGAGGAGACCUGAAAGUGGCACAUGGCAGAGUGUGGCGAUGGAGACAGCAGCAAUGGGAGGCCGUACAGGGACCCAUGAGAGACUGUGGACCUGGCAGCAGCAUGAGGAGGCGGUACAGGGGCCCAUGGCAGAUUACGGGCCUGGCAGCAGCAAUGGGAGGCCCGUAAUCUGCCAGCACCCUAUGACAAAAUGGACACCCAGCAGUGUGUGAGGAGACCUGAAAGUGGCACAUGGCAGAGUGUGGCGAUGGAGACAGCAGCAAUGGGAGGCCGUACAGGGACCCAUGAGAGACUGUGGACCUGGCAGCAGCAUGA